AUGUCUCCACGCCGAACAGCUCACAAGUUCGUUCCCGAGCCUCUUUCAUGGUGUUUAGAUGGCCGCGAGACAGAUCUACUUCACUAUGUUUUCUCUCGACCAGACCUUGAAGAUUUACGGGGUAGUCCUGCCAAAGUGCUCCGAGCCAUUGAUGACUAUUCCGAGAAAUACAAGUACCUUAUGAAUAUCGGACCUACGAAAGGCGAAAACAUAUCCGGCUUAAUUGCCGCAAACAAACCCUCUGUGAUGAUCGAGUUAGGAGGAUACGUGGGCUACUCUGCAAUCCGCUUUGCAGAUGCGGUGCGGGCCAACGGUGGCAAAAAGUAUCUCAGCCUUGAAGUCAAUCCUGAAAUGGCUGCUAUCUCAACGAUUUUGGUGGAGCUCGCCGGAUUGCGAGACUUUGUGCGAAUCAUGAUUGGGCCUAGCGAUGAGUCACUCGUUCGAUUAAUCAGAGACGAAAAAAAAAUGUCUUCAGUGGAAUUUGUAUUCAUCGAUCAUUGGCAGGAGCUUUAUCUACCGGAUUUGCAGCUCCUCGAGGGAUUGGAUGUCUUAAAGCCGGGCGUGUCGACCUUGGUAGCCGAUAAUAUGAGGCUAUCAGGGUCGCUAGACUAUCAAGCGUGGCUAAGAGCGAGUCCAGAAGAGAAGCGAGAGAUGAACAAGACGAGAGUGGGAAGAAGUAAGCUGAAGAGAAAGCAACCAGAUAGUGCUUCUGGCCAUUGGCCAGGUCUGGGGAAUCCUAAUCUAAUUUACGAGACCUCGACAAAAAUCUUUGACCUUGGUUCAGUUCAGGACGGUGUCGAAAUUACAAAAGUGGUGGGCGAGGAUAGCCCAUAA